AUGAGUGAAAGUGUCUUUAAACAAAAUUUUCCUGGUAAUUCAAAGAAUAGAUUUGAAUUUAACUUUCAUGAUAAGAAAGUAAUUUUUGAAAUUGACCAAUUGGCCAGCAAGAGUGAUAAAUCAGUCAUUUGUCGUUAUGGUAAUACUACGGUACUGACCGUUUUAACCCUUAAAAAAUUGACAAAAACCGUUAAUUCUUUUUUCCCUCUCACUAUCACUUUUGAGGAAAAAUUUUAUGCCGUGGGUCGGAUUCCAAAUGCUUUUACUAAACGAGAAGGCAGACCCAGUUAUGAUGCCAUUACGGCGGCUCGACUAAUUGACCGCUCACUCCGAACUGCGGUGAUGGUCGGUCAGGAUGAAAAAGGAUUUAUUUGUAAUCCAAGUGAUGAGAAAUUAAGUAAUUCUCCAUUAGAACUAAUUGUUAGUGCCACCGAGCAAAAAAUUACUAUGUUGGAGGCCGGAGCCCGAGAAAUAAGCGAAACCGACUUAGAAAAGGCCAUUGCAUUUGCCCACCAAGAAAUUCAAUUAUUAACCGGUUUUUUUCAACAUAUUGCUAGCAGUUUAGGGGUCAAAAAAGAAAAAAAAGAACCUAAACUAGAAAAAAAUAUUGGUGAUAAAUGGUUAGAGGAAAAAGGGAAUGCUUAUUUAGGUGAAAUUCUUUCAACUCCAGAUCUUUCAUGA